AUGAAAACGCAACAACUUCAACGAAGUGUAAAAAGGGGCAGAAUUGCAACAGGGUACAUCAGUCUCCAUUUCAGCACAAUGAUACGGUCUCCAAACUACAGAAAUCUCGUCUAUACAACUCCCAUCUACCCGAAUAACUUCAUGGAGAAUAAACUUUUUGACAAUCUUUGUUUUGAUUUGUCAAAUGUAAAGUCUCAAAUGUGAAAUUAAAGG